AUCUGCAGAUGGUGAACAUAGCAGUGCGGGUGUUGUCCAGGCCCCUAGCUUCAAACCUGCCGGUCAUGUACCAACACUUGGGGAAGGACUACGAUGAGAGAGUCCUGCCCUCCAUCGUCAACGAGGUCCUCAAGUCUGUGGUGGCAAAGUUUAACGCCUCGCAGCUCAUCACACAGAGAGCACAGGUGUCAUUGCUGGUGCGCAGGGAGCUGUUUGAGAGAGCAAAAGACUUCAACAUUAUUCUUGAUGAUGUGUCCAUCACUGAGCUGAGCUUCAGCAGCCAGUACACUGCUGCUGUGGAGGCCAAGCAAGUUGCCCAGCAAGAGGCACAGAGAGCCCAGUUCUAUGUGGAAAAAGCCAAACAGGAUCAGAGACAUAAGAUCAUCCAGGCUGAGGGAGAGGCUGAAGCUGCCAAAAUGCUGGGCCUAGCAGUUACUAAGAACCCAGGUUACCUGAAGCUGAGGCGAAUCAGAGCAGCACAGAACAUUGCAAAGACGGUGGCAUCAUCUCAGAACAAGGUGUACCUCAAUGCUGACAGUUUGGUCCUGAACCUGCAAGACCAGGCUUUUUUUAGCAUGUCACUGGGUCAAAAGAAGUGAUGAAGAGGACAUGAAGGGAGGCAGUAAGACUGUCCCUGUCAUCAACUCUAUCUGAACAGUCUUGGCUUGUGACAUAGGGAAUCAACAUACAUGACAAGUGUGAAUGUGGACAACAAGCCCUUUUAUUUUAUAAAACUUCUCUUCCAGGGUGGGGUGGAGGAUAAAAUCAACAAACCAUAAGGAUUGCUUUUCAGUAGAAUUUACAAUCUUUUGUGAUUUAAUAUAACAGUAAUUCACAAUAAUUAAUAUCAGUGUCUUCUGUCAGGAGGACCUGACAGGUUUUAUGUCCCACCAGUGUUGGCAGUCAGUUAAUAAUUAAGUCCACUUUCUCAUGUUAUUACUAUAUUUGGCAGUGUGACUGUAUUGAAUUGAACUUAAAACAGCCAAAUUAUUACAUUAACUAAAAUAUAUUUGGAAUUACAAAAAUAGUUCACUUUCAGCUAAUUUUCUAGAAUUUCCAUAUAUGAUAAUAAAGUCUGAUAAUAAAGUCUAUAAAGUGAUAAUAAA